UUUUUUAUAUUGUGUCUCCACUGCAAAGACUGUGUACACCACAAGAAAAAAAUGGUCACCUUUAGACACUAUCGUUCUGCUGCUACUAAAUCACUAUAAACUGAAACAAAACUCAGGUGCUUUUGCCUAAAUGUUAAGUCUUUCAUCACUCAAAUGCCUUCUCUGCCCAAAGGUGCGCCAUUUGGUUUUGUUCCUGGUCACGUUUGAAGCUUAUCGCCAGUCCAUUAAUCCAUCUUCUUUAUUUAUUCUUUCGUUGUUCUCGGAGAUCGACAAGAAACCCCUUUAAAGAUUGUAGAAAAGGUUGACUGGUGUUAUCAGGAACUACCGGGAGCCAUACCAGGAGCAGGAGGUAGCUGUUACAAGAAGGUUGGUAUGCUGUAGGGUGACAACAGAGAUUGUAGAAGUCUGUGGUGGCCAGGGUGUAUAUAGGGGAGGGGAGGAGAGUGAAGAGGGUACCAGCAAGAUCAGUGGAGGUUCGACUGGGUAGGGCUGGGGUGAGAUUAUUAAAACUGUCAUGAAUCAGAUGGGGCGAUAACCGGGGUAGAUUAACAACGAAAGGGUAGCAGUGCACUUGGAGCUAUAUUCAGAACUGACCGGAGGAUCUCCGGAAGAAGUUGGUAGCAGGCAAUGGUUUGGACAAGUAUAGCCGCUUGAGGCGCCCUUGUGCUCUCCAGAUCAUCCAGUCUUCUCUCUGGAACCCACUGGAGUAAUCUGGUCAAACAUCUGUGACAGACAACAGUCGGCUGACUGAUGGCACCGUUCUAACUGAAUAAUUACUAAUCUGACACUUCUGGCUUACCGUAUUAUUGCUUUCACCUGUUCGCAAAGUCUUUGAGGCAUACAGCAAAUCCAAAAGAUGGCGACAGUCACUGUGCCUCCUGCAUCACUAUGAUAUGUUCCAUCUUCGUUGAAGCUUUGUCAAGUAAUACACAUUUCUUCUGGACGGACAAUCUUUUCGUGAAUGUGUUGUCUUUCUUUAUGACCUAUUUUAUGUCAUCAUUGACAUCGCAGAUUUUUACCUGUGCCCAAGAUGUGGAGUCUGUAGCAUUCUAAGUCCAGCUCUACCUUGAACAGGACACUCAGCAUUCAACCUCCGCCUCAAAAGAUGGAAGUUUAAUCUCGACGGAAAAAACUUUAAUAACUAAACAUCUUGCAGGUGUAGGGUUAGGCGUGAACUUUGACAAGUUAUUGAGAAUUACAUUUGUAGGAAUUUUAAAAGAUGGCGACAAGCUGGAUCCAAGAGGAAGACACCCUCGCCGACAUGAGGCAGCGGUUGGAUCGACUUCGCGGUCAAAAAGCGCGUGAUUUUAAAGAAGAGGAAGAAGAUGAUGCCAAACCCGACACACUCAAGAUCUUGCAGUCCAAGUUUGGGUCACCGGUGUAUGACCCUACGUCGCCUAUGCAAAUAGCCUACGAUCGCAGGUGCUCGCGCGCUGGGCGCCGGAAGUCAAUAGAGUUCGAGGACCUAUGCCUCGCUUCCGGUCGUCUACAUUUGUCUUCCGCCAGGUCAGGUCACCACCGCACCCAGCCCACCAAAGACCCUGCGACCUCUGAGGCGCAGACUGCGAACCAGCAGGCCAGCCCCGUGAAGCAGAAGCACAGAAGGAUCUCCGAUCCCACCGUUCCCAACAGACGUAAGCUGCUGGCUGCGAGGCAUCAUGGGACUGGACAGGGUGAUGGGCAAGACAACGUCGGCCAUAUUGGACGUGGAAUUCUGGGAAUGACUUUGGGAAAGGAGGAACGCCAGAAGAUCGAUGAAAGAUUGGCAGGGAUCGCGGAUCCCGAUCCCAUUCUCGGUGAAGGACAUGCUGAGUCGUCAAUAGUCAGCAGAAAACACAAAGCAAAAUAACUGCCUUACUCUGGCGCCCUCCCAACCAGCCCUUCUCUUUCCUCGCGAAUGGAACAUCUAUUACAGUUUGAUGCACUGGCUGUUAUUUA